AUGAAAUUGCCUUCAUUCACCAAGACUUACCGACAGGAUACCUACCCCGCUAUUGAUCCAACCCGCCCUGAGGUGUCGGCGAAAGACAAAACUGUCAUAGUAACUGGGGCUGGGAUAGGUGGUAUUGGUUCUGAGGUUGCCUUGUCUUUCGCAAAGGCCGGGGCACCGAACAUUGCUCUUAUAGGCAGAACCGGGAAAACCCUGGAGGAGACCAGAACCGCCGUUGUCAGUGCAUGUCCAGAGACCAAUGUCUUCAUAGCAGUCGCCGAUGUGUCCAAAGCAGAGAGCAUAGGUCGCGCUGCCCACGAUAUUCGAGCCGCUCUUGGUGCAUGGGACAUUUUUGCCAACUUUGCCGCUGUACUACCUCCUGCAUCGACAAUUGCCGGUGCGGAUGAAGAUGCGUGGUGGCAGGCUUUUGAAAUUACCGUCAGGUUCCCUUUCCAUUUUGCAAAGCACUUUAUGCCCAAGGCUCGUCCAAAUGCAACCUUCAUCAACGUCAACGCGGGUGCAAGCCAUAUCCCAGCGGCACGCAUGCCAAAGAAUUCUGCGUAUAGUGCAGCAAAACUCGCGGCAGCGAAACUGGAUGACUAUCUGGCUGCAGAGCAUCCAACUCUCCGGGUGUUCACCGUGCAUCCAGGUGUUGUUGAUACCCCCCUCUUCAGACACGCCAUAGCGGGUGUUGCAGAGAAAGAUUUACCGAAAGGUGCUGUUCUUGAUAAAGUUGCUUUACCAGCACAUUUCACGGUUUGGCUGGCGAGCGCCGAGGCGGAAUUCCUCCGAGGACGAUAUAUUUGGGUCAAUUGGGAUGUUGAGGAAUUGAUUGAUAGAAGAGAAGAGAUCCAAGCUGAUCCUUCUCUCUUCAAGAUUAUUUUAGGAGGCUGGCCUUUCCAAUAA